UAAGUUUUCAAAACAGCCCGAUUUUGAACCCUAAGAAAACAGAACCCCAAUGGUCACAAGUAGCAGCCGCCAAUCGGCAAUUACAUGCCCACCGAAACCUCUUCUUUCCCUUUCCAAUGGCCAAUUCUCUCCUCAAACCUUCUCUACUACGCCUCUUUGCUCAAGACCUCCAAAAUUUCACGCACAACAACACCAAGAUUGGCCUCAAACUCCUUUCUUCUCUCUCUCAAACCCCUCAAUCAACCAACGAUCGGACACUCGAUUACCUCGUCCACACCAUCGGCCUCCCCAAGGAUUCAGCUCUAGCCGCUGCCAAGAAAACCCGUCUCAAACCAACCGCAGAUCCCGACUCUGUUCUUGCACUCUUUAACGCCUAUGGAUUCACACCUUCCCACAUUGCCAGCAUCUUUAGCAAACAAUCCCGCCUCCUUCUUGCCAAUCCGGACACAACACUCAAGCCCAAGUUGGAGUUUCUCUCCAAAAAUGGCAUAUCUGGUAACUUACUCGUCAACGUAAUCUGUAGGGACCCAUAUAUUCUUUGUAGGAGCCUGGACAAGCAGAUUGUUCCAUGUAUUGAUUUUCUCAGAAAUUUCUUUGGGUCUACUGAUGGCGUUGUUUUGCUUUUUUCUGCUGGAGGUGGGACUCGGGUUUUGGAAACUUUUUCUGAAUCUAUGGCUCCUAAUAUUGAAGUACUGAGAGCUAACGGUGUGCUCGAUUCAAACAUUGCUAAAAUGCUUUCUUUGCGCCCGAUUGCACUCUCCAGGGAUGUGGAAAACUUUAUUGACAUUGUCGAGAAGGCAAAGGAAAUAGGGUUAAAUCCUUCGAGUUUGAUGUUUAUUCAUGGGCUGUGUAUGAUUUCAUCGAUGAGUAAGGACAAAUGGUUAUCGAAAGUGCAUCUUUUUAAAAGUUUUGGGUGGUCAGAUGAGCAGUUUCAAUCUAUGUUUCUCAAGCAGCCUUUUUUCAUGAAACGGUCCGAGGAGCAUUUAAAGAGGAUGUUGGAUUUCUUUAUGAACAAAUGGGACUGGACACGGGAAGAUAUUUCCAAGUACGCAGUUUUGCUAAAUCUUAGUCUUGAAAAGAGGGUGAUACCGAGGUCGUCUAUCGUUCAGCACCUGAUAUCAAAAGGUUUUAUCAAGAGGAAGAGUUUUGGCAUAGCAUUGCAAAGACCCGAGCAUGAGUUCUUGGAGAAGUUUGUGAUGAAGUAUCUUUCAAAAGAUCCCCAUCUAUUAGAGAUGUACCAGGAGAAGAAGAAGAUGGCGAUAUAAUGAAAACUCUCCUCUUCACUUCGGGUAAUUUGUCUAUUCUGCUACCAACUCUGCACUUCACUCUGUGAGAGAGAGACUGUAGGUUUAUGUGCAAAACUUGUGAGAUUUCACAGAUCUUAGAACUGUGAUUUGAUAACCGACAUAUGAUAGUUAUAGCAUUUUGAUCUUUUAGGAAUUUACCAAAUUGCAUGAGACUGUGCCAAGAGAAGUAACUAAUUAUGAUGCUUAAUUUUAAAGAUUGGUAUUCUUAGGGAUUAUCAUUGAUGAUUGGGGAGUUCCUCUUCCAUAAACUAAGAGAAGUAGUUUGUAUCUCUUGUUUUGUUUGGGUUUUUCUCGCUCCCUUUUGGAAGAUUAUUGUAUCUUGAAGAAUUUAUUCAUUUUUAUAAAUCAGCAAAAGGUUUCAUCUGGUUAGUGUA